AUGGAAAACCAUCCACUUAAUGAAGGAUUUAUGUUAUUGUCUAAUAAUCAUAAACAAUCUUCGUCGACAAUAUCUAGUUCAACUUCAUUGAUUGUAAUCAAUCAAAUUUCUACAUCAGAUAAGAUUUCAUCAAUAACAUUUGAUCAUCUUGGUAAACGAGUAUCAAACGAGUCAAUUUAUGAUAAUGAUGAAAUUGACAGUUUCUUGAAAGUUGAUGAUGACAUAUUAAGUAAACAAAUAGUCAAUAGUGGAUCAACAGUUGAUGGCAGUGGUUAUACAACAGAAGAAACAACAGAACAAACUUCUGAGUCCACUACAAAAUCUAGUGAACCAAUAACAAGUCCGUCGGUCACAACCGGUACAAUUACGUCUACAACAACUUCGACAACAACUACAACUAUUCCAUUUGAGCCUCCAACUCUUCCUAAUAAUACAAUGUUUAUUAUGAAAAUUAAUUGUACAAAUGCAAAUAAUACAUUAUUUGAUAUUUUGACAAGAAUCAACGCAACACUUUCUCAUUAUACUUAUAGUGUAUCACCGAAUUAUAAUGAACUUGAGUGUAAUGACUCGACAGCUGAUGUUACAUUAAAUUUUAAUAUUCCUGAUAAUAUUACCAUAUCGAAUGAUUUAUAUGAACUUCUUGAUAAUAUAGCAUUAUCUAUUCCUGUUCCACUAGUUGCAUUAAAUCCAUGUGGUAACAAUGAAACAGUACCAGUUAUAAAUGUUACAUCAUGUUUUCUUAUUAAUCUAUGUCAUUUAUGUGGAAUUCCUCCACGUGGUGUAUGUUUACCUGAGAAUGGUUUAAGUAAAUGUGAAUGUUUUGUUAAUGAAAAUGAUACAUCAAGACCUUAUAUUGGUGAUCGUUGUUUACCACCACCAGAUUUAAUAACAACAACAACAACAACACCACCUAGUUCUCCUUCUCGUUGGACACCAAUUAUAAUUGGUAUUGUAACUGGUUUAGCUAGUCUAUUUUUGGCUACGACAUGUUGCCUUUGGGCACUGGCUGCUUGGCGUCGUCGACGGCAUCAUAAAGAUGAUCUACGAAUCUUUCGUUUAUGGCAUCUACCAAGAGCUAAAGUACCAACAUCAGCUACACAAAAUAAUGUUCAAAAUCCUUUGUAUAAUAAUACAACACCUACAGAUGCUAGUAGUAGUAAUCCAAGUGAAUCUGAUGAUAAUCAAAGUAAUAUAACAGAUAGUACAUUUUUUAAAGAACUUGAUCAAAAAAUGGGUGAAAAUUUACGUGCAACAAUAGCAAGACCAAAUACAAAUGCUCUAUUAUCAAGUUUACCACCAGAUACAAUAUCAACAAUAAGUAGUAAUGAUCCAAUUGAUGAACUUGAUGCAAUUAUUGAUAAUGACGAUUUAAAUUUAACAUUUCAUGAUUCAUUAGAUGAUCUUUAUGAAGAUAAUGAAAUACUUGAAGCUGUAAAUCCAAAUGUUAAAUUACCAAGACCAAAUAUUGAUUCAAAACCAUCAGGCUUUUUUUCGUUCUUUAAUUGA